AUGUCAGAAGAGGCAGAAGUGGAUGUGAGAGAAAGAGAGACACAGAGAGACAGAGAGCCAAAGAGGGCAAGAGACUUGACUUUAAGAGACUCCUGUACUGACAACUCCAUGCAGUUCGGAACCAGAACGACUGCGGCUGAACCAGGGUUCAUGGGGACAUGGCAAAACGCUGAUACUAACCUUUUAUUCAGAAUGUCCCAACAGGUUCCAGUGGCAUGUGCUGGCAGAGUGCUGGGUGCAGACUUCUGCCCAAGCCUGGAGGAGCCAGACCAGAGGCUGGAAGUCCAGGCCAUCCGAUGCACACUGGUAAACUGCACGUGCGAAUGUUUUCAGCCGGGGAAGAUUAACCUGCGGACUUGCGACCAGUGCAAACAUGGCUGGGUGGCACAUGCCUUGGAUAAGCUCAGCACCCAGCACCUGUACCACCCCACGCAAGUGGAGAUCGUGCAGUCCAACGUGGUGUUCGACAUCAGCAGCCUGAUGCUCUACGGGACACAGGCGGUGCCCGUGCGGCUCAAGAUCCUGCUGGACCGGCUCUUCAGUGUCCUGAAGCAGGAGGAGGUGCUACACAUCCUGCACGGCCUGGGCUGGACGCUGCGGGACUACGUCCGGGGGUACAUCCUUCAGGAUGCUGCCGGCAAGGUGCUGGACCGCUGGGCCAUCAUGUCUCGAGAAGAGGAAAUCAUCACCCUUCAGCAGUUUCUGCGGUUUGGAGAAACCAAAUCCAUCGUAGAGCUGAUGGCAAUUCAGGAGAAAGAAGGGCAGGCCGUGGCCGUCCCAUCUUCAAAGACAGACUCAGACAUUAGGACUUUCAUUGAAAGCAAUAAUCGCACCAGGAGCCCCAGCCUCCUUUCUCACCUAGAGAACAGCAACCCUUCCAGCAUCCAUCACUUCGAAAACAUCCCCAACAGCCUUGCAUUUCUGCUUCCAUUCCAGUACAUAAACCCAGUCUCGGCCCCGCUGCUAGGAUUGCCUCCAAAUGGGCUCCUGUUAGAGCAACCAGGACUGAGGCUGCGGGAACCCAGCCUGUCAACCCAGAAUGAGUAUAACGAGAGCAGCGAGUCUGAAGUAUCCCCCACACCUUACAAGAACGAUCAGACUCCCAAUAGGAACGCCUUGACCAGCAUCACUAACGUGGAGCCCAAAACCGAGCCAGCCUGCGUGUCCCCCAUUCAGAAUUCCGCCCCGGUCAGUGACCUGACCAAAACUGAACACCCUAAAAGCUCAUUCCGGAUCCACCGGAUGAGAAGGAUGGGGUCAGCCUCCAGGAAAGGAAGAGUGUUCUGUAACGCGUGUGGGAAGACGUUCUAUGAUAAAGGUACUCUCAAAAUCCAUUACAACGCGGUCCACCUGAAGAUCAAACACCGGUGCACCAUCGAAGGCUGCAACAUGGUCUUCAGCUCCCUCCGAAGCCGCAAUCGUCACAGUGCAAACCCUAACCCUCGCCUCCACAUGCCUAUGCUAAGAAAUAACCGAGACAAAGACUUAAUCCGAGCCACCUCGGGAGCUGCCACCCCUGUCAUAGCGAGUACAAAGUCAAAUCUCACACUCACCAGCCCCGGCCGGCCCCCGAUGGGUUUUACCACUCCCCCACUCGACCCCGUCUUACAGAACCCUCUCCCCAGCCAGCUGGUGUUUUCCGGGCUAAAGACUGUCCAGCCAGUUCCUCCAUUUUAUAGAAGUUUACUCACUCCAGGAGAAAUGGUUAGUCCUCCCACCUCCCUCCCGACCAGUCCCCUCAUCCCAACCAGCGGUGCCCUGGAGCCGCACCCUGUGCCGCCCUCUGAGCCAGCAGCGCCAGUCGUGAUGAUGGCCACGCACGAGCCCAGUGCAGACCUACCCCCCAAGAAGAAGCCCAGGAAGUCCAGCAUGCCCGUGAAGAUCGAGAAGGAGAUCAUCGACACCGCAGAUGAGUUUGAUGAUGAAGACGAUGACCCCAAUGACCCCGGAACCGUGGUCAAUGACGUGAGCCAUGACAAUCAUUGCCACUCCCAAGAGGAGAUGAGCCCAGGCAUGUCUGUGCAGGACUUUUCGAAGCACAGCAGGUCCCGGUGCAUUUCAAGGACUGAAAUCAUUAGGGCUGACAGCAUGACUUCCGAGGAUCAGGAGCCUGAGCGGGACUAUGAGAAUGAGUCCGAGUCCUCCGAGCCCAAACUGGGCGAGGAGUCCAUGGAAGGGGAUGAGCACAUGCACAGCGAGGUGAGCGAGAAGGUCCUGAUGAGCAGCGAGAGGCCCGACGAGAACCACAGCGAGCCCUCCCACCAGGACCUCAUCAAGGUGAAGGAAGAGUUUGCAGACCCCACUUACGAUAUGUUCUACAUGAGCCAGUACGGACUAUACAAUGGUGGGGGAGCCGGCAUGGCGGCCCUGCACGAGAGUUUUGCCUCCUCUCUGAAUUACGGCAGCCCCCAGAAGUUCUCCCCGGAAGGCGACCUGUGUUCCAGCCCAGACCCCAAAAUCUGUUACGUGUGCAAGAAGAGCUUCAAAAGCUCCUACAGCGUGAAGCUCCACUACAGGAACGUACACUUGAAAGAGAUGCACGUCUGCACAGUGGCUGGCUGCAACGCUGCCUUCCCCUCUCGCCGGAGCAGAGACAGACACAGUGCCAACAUAAAUCUGCAUCGGAAACUGUUGACCAAAGAACUCGAUGACAUGGGCCUGGACUCCUCGCAGCCCUCGCUCAGCAAGGACCUCCGGGAUGAGUUUUUGAUGAAGAUCUACGGAGCCCAGCACCCGCUGGGGCUGGACGUCCGGGAAGAGGCCUCCUCCCCCGCGGGCACCGAGGACUCGCACCUGAACGGGUACGGGCGCGGCAUGGCCGAGGACUACAUGGUCCUGGACCUGAGCACCACCUCCAGCCUGCAGUCCAGCAGCAGCAUCCACUCCUCCCGAGAGUCCGACGCGGGCAGCGACGAGGGCAUCCUCCUGGACGACCUCGACGGGGCGAGUGACAGCGGGGAGUCCGCGCACAAGGCCGAGGCGCCCGCCCUGCCCGGCGGCCUUGGGGCCGACGUGCCGGGGUCCCUGAUGUUCAACAGCUUGUCCGGGAGCAACGGCGGGAUCAUGUGCAACAUCUGCCACAAGAUGUACAGCAACAAGGGGACCCUGCGCGUGCACUACAAGACCGUGCACCUGCGGGAGAUGCACAAGUGCAAGGUCCCCGGCUGCAACAUGAUGUUCUCCUCCGUGCGCAGCCGGAACCGGCACAGCCAGAACCCGAACCUCCACAAGAACAUCCCCUUCGUGUCGGUAGAUUAG